GCCAAUCUCACGGAUCACAAUUGUUGCAAAGAAAACUCUUGAAUUGAGGAGUAAAUAGUGUGAAUUAGGUAAAUAUUUACUUUGUAUUACCAUGCAGCCCAUCUCUUUAGCCAAGUACAUUCAAAAAUCUCCCUUUUUGUACAAGCUUUUGAAGCCCGUUUCGCAAGCCUAUAUUAACCUUGCUGGCUAUCGUAAAUUUGGUCUUCGUUACGAUGAUUUGACAUUAGAAGAAAACGAAGUCGUUCAAAAGGCUUUGAACCGUAUACCGGAACAAGAAUCUUUUGACAGAGUUUAUCGUAUCCGCCGCGCCAUGCAGUUGAACAUUAAUAACAAGGUUUUGCCCAAAUCUGAGUGGACUAAGCCCGAAGACGACACUCUUUAUCUUCGUCCUGUUGUCCAGCGUGUGACCGAGGAGAAGAGAGAGCGUGAGGCUUUUGACUCUCUCAUUGUCGACAGAACUCCCAAGCCAUCUGCAACUUCUCAUUAAUUGGGAUAUGUUUAUAAGAAGCUGGAUCUUUAGUUCCAGUAAUGCAUAAAAUUGCGAAACGUGAGCAGUAAGAUGCAGUCAAUGACAAAAACCUUCUUUGCUCAAUUCAGUUGAGUGCCUGAUUGAUCACGUACAAGAUUUUCAUUGGUUUUUCUCAGACCUAACAAUGCAAUUCUGGCUGUCCCACUUCUUACUGUUUAUCCAUGGUGAUACAGUACUCAACUUCCUCCCUUCUCUAUGUACCAGUCUUUUAACAUUAUCCUCUUUUGUUUCUAUUUGCACUUAAUCCUUUUUAUUACUUUACAGUUUUAAAAUUGAAAAGUUUGGGUUAUGCAAUGACCAUCUUGAAACUGUUUUUCAAGAACUUUCUCAUAUCUCCCCCUUCUUUGACUGUCAUUCGAUGAUUACUCUUUUCUAAAUAACAGCCCAUUUUUUCUUUUGAAAUUUAAGCGUGUCAUCCCAAAGUAGCUCUCUUCAUUCCAAUACUACAAUUUCAGUUGUUUUGUAGCAGGCCUUAAACUUACAUGCAAAAAAAAAGAAAAAAAAAAUUCAGCAUUGUAUGAUAAGCAGAAAACUGUC